UGUUGUUUAAUAAGUGUCUUAUAAAAGGUUCUCCUGCGCUCCAUUCUCCCAUUACGACAUUGUCAGCCAAAAUCAUUUUAAUGAAAUCAUCACUAUUUUGGCAGAUUGUUGCUGGGUUCCCCGGGAACCAAUAAAAACAGCCAGGAGUGCGGGCCGGAAAAAAAAAACAGAGGCAAAAGUCACUGGACUAUAAAAAAAUACAUACAAAAAUAGAGAACCCAGCUGACCACCACAGUGUGACAACUAACAAUGUUUUUCAAUGAGAACCCAACAUGAACUGAGUAAAACCAUAAUUCAUGGAUGAAAAUAUAGCUGGGCGAACACCAUGGGAAAGAAAUUAGCAGAUGUGGGAGGGACUGAGACAUAUUACUGAUGUACUGCUGUUGUGUAAAGGAAAUAAACACACACUAUGGAAAAAAGGAUGGCCAAAAGUGAGGUCACUGAUAAUACAGUAAAAAUAGCACAACAAGGCAUGGCUGACAAACCCUGUUCUAGAUCCUGAAGGUUAACCCUGAUAUGCAAAGUAGGUGAGAAACAAUCAUUUGUGCAUUGAUUUCUCCAUCCACCAUCACCCAUGUGUCCUUACGGCAAGCAGAGAGAGAGAAAGCCAGCAAGUUUGCCUUUGGGGCUCUCUCAACAGUCUCACAUGUGAUUGGCUCAAAUUAGACCACGUGGCUCUUUCUCACGCCCAUACAUGGACAUCAGGGUGGAGUAUGGAAAAGGAGGCAAGGGGCAGCGCAGUGGAGGGUUCACUCUGCAGGAGACUGUGGAGGACAGAGCCGGUGGUCAUAGUGAUAUAUGGAAUAGUUGCUAUGCUGGCGCAUGGCGCUUAUUGUUGGAUAUGUUUGUUAUAGUAAGUCCUUUUAAGAUAAGUGCUUUCUCUAAUUAGUUUUUCUUGGAAGAGGCAAAUGGGAGUUGCCAUUGGACCUUCACUUCACUUGGGGGAAGUUGUAUCACUUUGUGUUGUCAAGGCGACCGCAUCUCUUAUUUACAGCUGGGGCACCCCCGCUGGAGGCAUCGCUUGGUUACUUCUGUGAGUCUUGACGCUGGAGAAAAGUUACCGUGCUAAGAAUGUCAGAGCGAUGUAACCUGAAGAGCCUGACAGCAGCUCUGUGUUGCUUCUACCACAAGAACUCCGUCAUCACUGCAAAGUUUUCCCAGGACCAGUUCAUCCUUGACGGUCCGUCAGAGAAGCUUCGCAGAGAGCUGGAGGAAGAACUUAAGAUGAACUGUGAGGAGCCGAGGAGCCACGCUUGGUACUACGGAGCGAUACCCCGGCAGGUUGCUGAAAACUUUGUGCAGCGUGACGGCGAUUUCCUGGUCCGAGAUUUGCUGUCCAGUCCAGGAAGUUACGUUCUAACUUGUCAAUGGCGGAAUACAGCGCAGCAUUUUAAAAUCAACAAGAAGGUUGUGAUGUUGAACGAAGCCUACUCCAGAGUGGAGUAUCGUCUGGAGCGAGAAGGAUUUGACAGUGUUCCUGCUCUAAUAAGAUAUUACGUAGGGAAUAGAAAACCUGUCUCCCAAGUGGUAGGCGCCAUUAUAUUCCAGCCGAUCAACCGAGCACUGCCUUUACGCUGCUUGGAACAGAAGUAUGGACUGUCCAGUAAUCACCGAGAGGUGGGGCUGAGUGAACAGGAGCGACGGCGUCAGAAGCGCCUCAGCCUCAACAUUACCAACGGACACUCACAUGACAACACGCAUACCACGCAUGACGGCACACACUACCACAAUAACGGCAUGGGCAGAGGAAGCCAGCUCAGGUUGAAGGAUCGUUGUGGCAGCCAGCCGGCAAGUCUCAAUCAACUCCAAGAGAGGAGGCGGCCACUUAAAGCGCAUCAGUCAGAGAGCUUUCUACCACUUGGAUCCAAACCACAGCACCAGCAGCCUUCAGACCCCCUUCUCCUGAGCCCGAAUGCCAAGUCUCCAGUGUUUCGUACAGGCAGCGAGCCUUUGCUGAGUCCAUCUGUCCCACGGAGGUUGGCAGAGCCACUAGCAGGUCAGCCCAUCAGAGGCUCUGACAGCCAGCUGUGCCCCAAACCUCCACCCAAACCCAGUAAGGUGCCACUGACCCGGUUGCCUCGUUUCCCCUGCCUCCAGCCCUCUUCCAACAUCACGGAACCCUUAUCUACCUGCUCCAGCUUGUCUUCACCCACUCUGGACACUCAUGUUUGCUCAUGGCAGGUUGGAGAUCCUCCUAUACCUCCAGUGAAGCCUAUCCACGCUGACUCAAGCUUCUCCAGCUGUGCAGUUCCACAGAUUCAGUAUCCGGACUCUGAACGCCUGCCACCCACUCCUGCAGACCUCAGGUCCUGCAGCCCGCUGGGAUGGAAUGAACCAAACUCGCCAACCUCCAUCCCAGACAACGCCCAUGAACUUGAGCAGCUGCCGUGCAGCUAUGUUGAGAGAUUGAGGCAAGAGGGGGAGGUCGGGACAGUGGAUGAAGGGGAGAAGGCGGGUGGGCGCAGAGGGCUGGACAGAAGCUCCUACCAUCACGCCAUUGCGGCUUUAGAAAACACCAGUGAGGAAGAAGAGGAGGACACGUGGAGGGAGGAGCAGAAGGAUGAGAACAGGAGCCUUUUCCUGAGGCCAGUGGUAGAGACAGAGUCUGCGUUCCGGCCAACAGAGUUCAACUCUCGCCUUCUACCCGCGGAAAACAAACCGCUGGAGAUGUUGGUUUUGAAGAAAGCCAAGGAGCUGCUGCUGAGCCACAACCACCGCAGUAUAGCCAGACACCUGCUGAUGGCUGACUGCCAGGUUGCAAGGAUACUUGGAGUGUCUCCCGAGUUGAAAGGUCAGAUGGGUGUUGCUUCUGGUCUGGAACUGGUCACCCUGCCACACGGUCGACAACUGAGGCUGGACCUGAUGGAACGACACCACACCAUGGCAAUAGGUGUGGCUGUGGAUAUUCUGGGAUGCACGGGCACCAUGGAGGAGCGGGCAUCCACUCUGAAUCGCAUCAUCCUGGUUGCACUGGAGCUGAAGGACACAGUAGGAGACCUGUUUGCUUUCACAGCCCUGAUGAAAGCCCUAGAACUCCCGCAGAUCAGUCGUUUGGAGGACACGUGGACCACUCUGAGAAGGAAGUACACGCAGACUGCUAUCAGCUACGAGAAAACCCUCAAACCUUUCUACAAGAAUCUCUAUGAGGGAACAGCCUCCUCUCCUCUGGUGGUCUGUGUCCCCCUUUUGUUGCCUCUCCUCACUUUGAUGGAGCGUCCAUCCAUCACACCGGAGGGGGCAGAACUUUGGGAGACCAGUGACCAGGGCUGUGACAUCAUGCUGCGUCACCUCGAGGCUGCAAGGGCCGUUGCACAUAAUGCACAAAGCUACACAGAGAAUGCACAGAACAUCAUGCAUGGUUUCCAAUGUGAUGAAGACCUGCUGGAGGUGUUCAAGACGGACUUUCAGCUGCGGCUGCUUUGGGGGAGUCGUGGCGCUUCAGUCAACCAGUCAGAUCGCUACAGCAAAUUCAGUCUCAUCCUCACCGCAUUGUCACGGAAGCUGGAGCCCCUAACCAAAACGCAGACAUUAAUUUGACUUCAAUGUGUGGCAACACCUGCAGACUUCACCGGACUCUAGACUGAAUGGUUUUAUUUUGGCCAUGGAACCUAAAACUAAAAAUAGAAAUAUCAGCACAAGAUGAGGGAAGAUGUAUUCAUCAGUUUCAGUAUGUUCUCUGCUUGACUAGUCGCCUACGAUAGUAUCUGUUUUACUCUGUAGUCAUACACUUCAGAAUACUAGUCCAACACACGUCAACGCUGUUACUCUUAAAAUGUGUUUUGGUCAUUUCCACUUUGAAUGUUACAUAUUGAAUGCUUGGUUUCACAACUCAACCCAUAAGAACCCAAACCCAUAAAGGAAAAUGAAGGAGGAUAUAUACAAGUACUACUAAUUCAUGUCAACUAUAUGUGAUGUUACAUAUAUGUUACAUUGGGUGCUCUUUCUGUUUCAUACCACAAAUUGAACAGGAGAACGUGUAUGAAUUCAAAAUAAUGGAACCGUGGCUUUCCAAGGCUAAAAGCCUGGCAGAAAUAUUUUCCUAGCUUAGUUUUAUAUGAAUUUAUUCAAGAAUUUCUUGAAUAAAUUAAUUUAUUUCUUAGAAAUACAGUAACAACGAUUUGAUACGUAUGCCACAACAUUGAAACCAUUUGAAUUGGUAAAAAUGAAAAUGAAAUCGUAAAUGUAUGAGAAUAAAGUCCUAAAUUUACGAGAAAAGAAGUCAGACUAUUUACGAGAAUAAAGCCAUAAAUUUACAAGAACAAUGUCGUACAUUUACGAGAAUAAAGUCGUACAAAAAAAAGUCGGAAUAUUACGAUUUUUUUUUUCUCCUAACUUUAUGUUACAGGCAUUGCCUGAGACUACUAUGAAAAGGGGGGGACUAAUGUAACCUUUGGCCUUGGACAUGUGGAGGGGGCGGGGUAAUGAAGGUGGAAGUGAGAAGGGCUAGCCAUGCUAAUCUAAAUGCACAACUGCCCUGUUUUGCGCCAAGUUAUACUGUAAAUGAAAGAUCGCCUGAAGCAAGAAGAAAGUUCCCUUCCUUCCUGAAGAGCUAUACUGUGUUUUCCCUCUGGCACGAUGAUACGUAAUAUCACGACUUUAUUCUCGUACAUUUACAACUCUAUUCUCGUAAAUUUACGACUUUUUUUCUCCUAAAUGUACGACUUUAUUCUCGUAAUAUCACAACUUUAUUCUCGUAAUAUCACGACUUUAUUCUCGUAAUUUUACGACUUUAUUCUCGUUUACGACUUUUUUUCUCGUAAAUGUACGACUUUAUUCUCGUAAUAUUACGACUUUUUUUCCCCUAAAUCUACGAAUGUUUUUCUCGUAAAUUUACGACUUUAUUCUCGAAAUCCCUGACUUUUUUUUU